UAAAAAUAAUAUGAAUGCUGAAAGCCCGCGACAAGAACCAAUGAGCUCAUCGUUCGUUCUUAUUAAUCUUACAGUACUCGUACUACGGUAAGUACGGUACCGUACCGUACUUUACGUGCGGUACGAUACCAUCACCAUCAUUGCUUUGUGCAUAUCCCAUUUUUUCUACUUCCGCUAUCGCUCGGCAUUCUUUUGUCUCUGGAAAGCAACAAGCCACGCCCAGAUAUCUCUUGCCUCACAGACCGACAAUGAGCCGAACGGCGGAGUCGGCAUCGAAGCCUCCCCCGGUGACGAUUCCCCUUUUCACCCGCAUGCGCGAUUCGGACGGUUUUGUGGGAACGGUGGUGUACGUUGGAAGCGUUGCGAGCUCGAAGAAUCCGGAGGAGCAGUACGCCGGGAUUGUCUGGGACGAUACCUCCCGGGGCAAACACGAUGGGAGCGUUGUGUGCCGGCGGACGAACAAGAUUGUCCGGCACUUUUCCUGCGGUCCCACGCAGGGUUCCUUUCUGCGGCCGAAAAAGAUCGAUUUCGGAAUCGCCCUCACGGCGAAACUCUUGAGAGAAAAGUACGUCGAGAUGAACGCCCCGGUCAUUGCCCCCAACAACAUUCUUCCCCACUCGGCGACGACGUCGAGCGGGAGGGAAAAAACGAUCGAGUUCCUGGGCGAACUCCAGAUACGAAAGCACCAGCAACUACAGAACAUCGACAAGAUCUCUCUCCGGCGGGAAGGAAUAGCGAGGGCGUGCAACGAAAACAGCGACAGCGACGGGGGGGGCAUGUCAGACUUUCGGCACAUCCGGGACAUCGAUCUGGCGGGGAACCUGCUCUCGAACUGGGACGAAACCGUCAAGAUCAUGCGGCAGUUCCCCCUGCUCGAGACUUUUUCGCUGGCCCACAACUCGAUCCGCGACAUGGACACAACCCGUUUCCGAUUCGACAAGAUCAAAACACUCAACCUCAACAACUGCUGCAUACAAAGCUUCCGAACGAUACAGAUAGUCUCCGAGACCAUGCCCAACCUAGAAUCACUCUGCAUCGCCAAUUCCGACCUCUCCGACAUCAAAGACCACGGCGUCGGACCCGACGCCUUUCGGCACCUGCGGCAGCUGGACUGCUCCGGGUGUGGCUUUCACCAAUGGGAACACCACGUCGGCGCCUUUGCGGCCCUGCCCCGGCUGGAAUCCCUGAGCAUAGACGAGAAUCCUCUCCCGUCCAUACCCCCGGGCGCGGGCGCGGGCCCGCUCUUCCCCAGCCUCGUUUCCCUGCAGCUCUCCGGAACGGCCGUGUCCACCUGGGGGGACCUGGAGGCCGUCAACUCGUUCGGGUCCCUCGGGGCGCUCCGCUUCGGGAACCUGCCCCUGACGGCGUCCCUCGGAGAGGCCGAGGUUCGGUCCGCGGCCAUUGCCCGCUUUCCCGGCCUCGAGUUCCUGAAUGCCUCGAGGAUCUCCCACGAGGAACGGCUGGAAGCCGAGCGCCGGUACGUGACGCUCGUGUCGUACUCGCUCCAGAAACUGAACCGGUCGGAGGUCCCGGGGAGCACCGGCACCAGCGGCACCGGCGACCGUGGCGGUGGGGAGGACUCCCCCGAGCGAACGGCCAUCCUGGACGAUCACCCGAGGUACCCCGAGCUGAUGGAGAAGCACAACAAACUGGCGGCCUUGCUCACGAAGGGCACAAGCGGCGGCGGGAGCCUUGCGGCCUCGGUCUACAACCUGACGAUCCGGUCCAUGGCGGCGGCCUCCUGCACGAUGGACCCCGUCGUCCGCCGGCUGCCCGGGAGCAUGACCGUGGAGCGCACCAGGGCCCUGUGCUCGCGGGCCUUUGGCGUGGACUACGACCUGGUCCGCCUGCGGUUCCGCACCGGCGGCGACGACAACGGCUGCCUGCCGGUGGAGAUGGACGAGGACCACCGGACGCUGGACUACUACGGCCUCUGCGACGGCGCGGAGGUCCUGGUGGACGAGGCCGACCCCCGCGCGGUGGCGCUGGAGUCGGAGCGGACCGAGCGGGACCUGGAGCGGCGCAUGGCGGACCACGGCCGGACCAUAGCGGCGAUGCAAAAGGCGAAAACGGGGAGGUGAGGGGGCCGCGGCGGACGCCGACGCGCCCAGCAUUCCCGCGCCGAACCCCCGCGCUCGAAGGAAUGCCACCGCCGGGCCGCAAGGAUUGUUUUUUGCCGGGGGACGGGAGUCGAUGGCAGCCGUGUUGCCUCCUGUGGUGGGUUCCCAGCAACCCUUCUGCGUGCUCCGAAAGCAACAAAACAGUUGGUGCCACCGAACGCCGACCGAUGCGUUGUGGCAAGAACACGAGUGAAACGCAGGCCGUUGGUACCAAUAUGAUGGAACGGUGGUGGUGUGGCACGUUCUGCGACAAAAUCUCGAGUGGAAUCUGCCUCUCGUCCGAACGAAACCACAAGUAGUACCAGUUCGAAUUACUCGGUUUGGAUACGUUGCACCGGUGCUUUGGCAUAGACUAGUAGUAGUAAUGCAGAAUGGAUUCCCUCUGGCUGUAGGAAUACUUGUUGUACUAGUCGUACUGCUACAACGUGAUUUUGUUGGUGUGUGAUUGCAUGCCUGUGCCUCCUCUGUAAAGAUGAAAUCGACGCGAUCCUCAAUUUCAUUUUCUGUGCAGUGCAAAGAGCAAGGAGGAACAAUUAUGAUGAUAAUGGGGUGAACAUACAUUCCUGUAGCAACAUCUUCCUGUUUCAACCUCGAUUUCUUCUUUUGACAUCCACCAACCACCUUGGUGAUAACACGGACAGCAUGGACUUGUUUCAUGAUAGUUUCAUGAUAGAUAUUGUGGCAUUGGGUAACUGGUACAGUAGUAAGAUGUGCCGACAGACCCAAAAAAAGUAGCAUACCGUACGGUACGUAACAACGGUACGUACCGUAUGCUAACGUACUCGUACCUCGUACUCUACUGUACCUCGUACGGUACGAACUCGUAGUUGGAUAAUCUGAAAAUCUUCCUCACAACGAAAAGGCACAAAAGAUUCUGUUGUCGACAGUGUUCCGCUGGAGAUCCACCACCGUCGCCGCCGUCGUCCGUGCGAGACUCUCGAUUGCCAACACGGAAGCGCCCCCCACCGGAGCGAGUGCCUUUCUUUCUCGUCUCGCUUCGUUCGGAUCGUUUCUCGGAGCAGGGGCCGCCGCGACACGAACCGCCAACAAUGUCCUCGCCGAAAACGGGCGCCUCGCCGGAGGGGAGCGGGGGAAGCAACGCUUCGGGGGCUUCGGCGCCAAACGCGAACCGCGACAACGCCACGAACGGAACAGAAACAACAACAGCGGAACGAAAAACAGGAACAGAAACAGAACGGGGCCCCGCCGGGGCGUCGGCUCUGUCGAGUGGAGAGGGAAGCGAGCCGAACACGAACGCACCACCGCCUCCUGCGUCCUCGUCCUCGUCGCCGACCGGAUCCAAGUCCCCCGCAAAGGAGGCUCCGCCCGCUGCUGCUGCUGCUAUCGCCGCUGUCGAAACGACGAAGGGCGCUGCUCCGAAAAGCACCAGGGGUUCGGUGUCAACAGGGGUUGCAAACGAAAACGCCAGUGAUGCAGCAACAGCAACCACAGCAGCAGCAGCAACAACAACAACAACAACCACCACAACAACAACAACAACAACAGCCACAACCACAACAGCAGCUGCCACUGCAACCGCAACGAAAUCCAUCGGCGUGCCUCCGGGAAGGGGAAACUCCAGCGGCACGGGGACCGCCAAGGAAGCACCCGCGUCCGUGGCAGCGGUUCCGCUCCAGGGCGGGAAACCGCCCGCUCCGGCGAUGGCUCCAAAGCCGGCCCCCCCUCCGCGUUCCGGCGGGGACCGGGCGGUCGUGCUUGGCGGCGAUCCCAGAACCGCCACGGGCGGGACCAGGGUGCGGGCCGGGAACACCGAGGCCUCUGCCGCGGCCCAGGGCCCCGCGACGAAAGCAGCGGCGGGGAUUCCUCCUGCAAAGGGGAUUGCAAGGGGGGGAGCAGCAGCGGCGGAAAGCCCGGCAUCGAUGCAGGCCCAGCCGCACCCGCAACCAAAAUCCCAAAGCCAACAACAGCAACAGCAACAACAACAGCAACAACAGCAACAGCAACAGCAACAGCAGCAGCAGCAACAACAACAGCAACAGCAACAACAACAGCAACAACAGCAACAGCAACAGCAACAGCAGCAGCAGCAACAACAACAGCAGCAGCAGCGGUACAUCGUGUCGAAUCGACAAAACCAAGAAGAAGCUGUUUUCAAAAUGGUACAAAACAUUUUCAAGUUGCUAGAAACACGUGAGUCUUUGCCGCAUCGGGUUUGCACUCGGGGAGCAGCUUUGCGCACUAUAUUAUGGCGUGUACCGAGAGGGUAGGGACGGGCCUUCUAGUGAUCUUUCCGCCUUUUUUUCUCAUCCUUGCUUUCUUUUGUUGUUCCACACGCAAACACCCCAAAACCAGGUGGGCCACUCACGAUGGCACAGCUCGAGUACAACCUUCCGAUCUUGAUCUUGGGAUCUUCGAAGUCACUGCCGAUGGCUCCGAAGGCUGGGGGUGCGGUGUCGUCGACACCGAACCAAGGCGCUUCGACCGUGAGUAUCGAGCAUGGAAAAAAUGUGCUUUGGUGCAAAUAGAAUGUUCUCGUCUUCCGAGUUGUACCUCCCGCCUCCUAACAAUCUCGUUUUCUGUCGAACAAGGAUCCCGUCGUGUCUAGUAGCAUCGGCGACGCCUCAAACACAAAACACACGAAAAUUCCAACCGUUGCCGAGAGUCCGGCAUCGUUGUACAGCGAAAAGCUGAUUCCCGACAACGUGGUCCCCGACAUCGUCGAGCUCCUCGUAACGCUGGGACUGAUUCAGCGAGAAGCAACCGCCGACAACAACGGCACGACCGUGCGGCAGCCCCGGUUCGCGGUUCAUUUCGGAAAGCCAAAACAAUUCCUCGUCACCCCCACCAACAUUUUGUCGGAAAUCGCCAAGGCGCAGGCAGAAAUCCAGGCCUCGCGGCAGCGCCAGGAGUUGCUGGAGGAGGCACUCGGCCUAUCCGAUCAACUGGCAGCCGAGAAAGUCAAGCAGAUCGUCCUGCAACACCCGCAGGUAGUCGACGACCCGGUGUACGUGACCGCCCUGCGAAACCUGCAGGUCGACGGGAUGCUCAUAGCGGGGGCGUCGGGAGCGGCGGCGGCCGGCGGCUCGUCCUCGUCGUCCUCCGCACCGAACAGGGGCGGAACGGGAGCGUCGAGCAAAAAAGCCGCCGCCGGCAAACGGCGGCAAUCCAGCGGGGCCGCCCCGGCGAAGCGCAAGCGGCAACGGGCCAGGAAGGAAGCACGCGCGGAAAGCAUCGAUGCUACCGGCGCACCCGUCCCCCCUCCCGGCGGCGCUGCUGGUGGUUCCAGCGGCACCAAAAACACAGCGGGAAGCCCGUCGGCUACAGAGGCGCUGCCGGCCGGGGCGGUUUCCAUCUCCGGCGGAACGUCUGCCUCGAAGCCUUCUUUUUCGGUUUCCGAUGACCGUUCAAAGAACAAACAAUAGUUUGGAAUGCUUCCAGCUAUUGCAACUGGUAUUGGCACUCUCAGCGUUCGAGGGAACUCAUUCUCUCUUUGAGUGGUGUGUGAAAAAGGCGUAGACAAUUACUAUGUCAUCGCGUAUCAAAAGAACUUCCGGUCUUUUUCAGUCCGGAGAGGUGAUAGAGCUAGACUGCUGUCUAUGGUAUCUAGAACCACUCUCAUUUCUAUGAGGCUACAGUGUGUCGUAAACUUAGAUAACAC